AUGAGUGCUAUUGCCAGAACGCUCUCCUGGGCGAUUCGAAUAGGUUGUACGGUGCACGUCAUACACAACAAUGUGUACGAACUCUGCGAGACGUCGGGGGAAAGCAUGCUUCCCACUUUACAUUACACAGGUGACUUUGUGCAUGCAAAUAAACUCGCUAGACGAGGACGGAAUUGCGAAAUUGGAGACGUGAUCAUAGCGUCCAAGCCCACGGACCCUGAGCAGCGUGUCUGCAAACGUAUCACUGGCAUGCCUGGCGACUAUAUCAUUGUUGAUCCAACCACUGCUGAUUGUGCGAUGAUCAAAGUUCCCGAUGGGCAUGUGUGGGUUACAGGAGACAAUCUAACGCAUAGCUUGGAUUCUCGCAGCUAUGGCCCCCUUGCAAUGGGUUUAAUCAAGGGCAAAGUUUUUGGUGUAAGUAAUGGAUUAAACUUCCGCGCUAUAUAG